AUGUCACCCACCACACCACCCCCAGCUCCGGCGGCCCCAGCAGCAACGACGGCACCGAAUGCCGCUGCCGCCGCCAACCCAGACCCAGUAUCCCAACUCUUCUCCGUCAAAGGCAUCGUAGCCCUCAUCACAGGAGGCGGCACCGGAAUCGGCCUCAUCCUCACCCGCACCCUCGCCCUCGGGGGCGCAUCAAGGAUCUACAUCCUCGGCCGCCGGCUUCCCGUUCUUCAAUCCGCCGCGACGUCUGUCAACGCCCUCGUCGGCAAGAAUGUAGUAAUCCCUCUAUACUGCGACAUCACCUCCCGCAUCUCCAUCUCGUCCACCGUUUCUGUCAUCUCCUCCGACCUAGGCUACAUCAACCUCCUGAUCUGCAACGCUGGCAUCGGCGGCCCGCAAGUCCUCCUUUCUUCCACCACCCCGAACUCCCUGGAAGAGUUCCAACAACAGCAGAUGGACACCGUGGCUGGCUGGGAGGAAACAAUGAGGGCAAACGUGACAGGGGUGUGGUUCACGGCCAUGGGGUUCUUGUCGCUGUUGGAAAAAGGGAAUCAUACGGAAUGGGGAAAGGGGGGUGUGAGCUCUCAGAUUAUUGUUGUGAGUUCAAUUGCUGGGUUUAAUAAAAAGGCACCCGGGGGUUGGGCGUAUGGGGCGAGCAAGGCGGCGGCUACGCAUGUGGUGUUCCCGAGUGAGAUGGCGGCGCCGAUUGUGGAAGCGGCUGGGGGGUCGAUGACGGGGGGUGGGGUGAUUCCCCUGGAUAAGAGCGUUGUUCCUUUGGGGAGGAUGGGAGAUGAGAAGGAUAUGGCGGGGCAGAUUUUGUAUUUGGCUUCGAGGGCGGGGGCGUAUUGUAAUGGGAAUGUGGUUUUGGUUGAUGGGGGGAGGUUGGGGACUUUUCCCAGUGCUGGGUAUUAGGGGGAUACCUCGGGGGGUGUCGUGGGUGCAUGUUGACAGAACUCUGGGGUAUAUAUGUGGGUAGGUAGGUGAUGGUGGUGGGAGCGUCUAUUGUCAUGAGAAGACUAGAUGGUGGGACUCUGCUUGAAUUGGUCUCAAAAACUGUCUUUCAAAGCCUUGCCCCCAAAUCUGUAGUUGAGGUAUGUGGUUCAAGCUCGCUGUUACACAACUCAGGUGAUGAGCAAAGCAAGAUAGUGAGAAUAUGUCUCAGCGUCUUUACAUAUGCACAGUUUUCCACACAGCUUUCACGCCCCGCCCUCCCCUCGAAGACACCAACGUCAGCCCUACGGCUACACAGCCCAAUCAAGAUAGGGGUUCGCAUGUAACUUGGGUGAUGUCGUGGACCCCUGAACCGUUGAUCUUCUUCCCUCCCGUUAGAUCUCCGCUCCCGUUCUAUCCCCGCCCUGCCCGGCUGACCGGACACCUACCCAUCACCGGCAUAAUCGGACACCCGGUGACGAAUCUUGUGCCUCUUUUUGGGUACUGCUGUGUGGUGUAGAUGUACUAAAUACCUACUCAUAUAACUGUUGAGAAUUGUACCCGCCGAAGAAGCCUCACCUCUCAGGGGGGGGAAAUGUAGUCCGGUAGCACAAGCUUUUCAGAGUCCCUUCUUUUAUGCAUAUUUUGUCUUGAUGUAUAUACUCCCCAAUGUUCAACAUCACUCAGGGUGGGUUGUCCGGGAAGUUCGGUCUAGAGGUCCGGUCGCGGUGGUUUGUUCUGUUGUUGAACCUUCUCAUCUUAGCCAUCACAAUACAAUUCCCGGU